GUUGAUCCCGAGGAGAUCAUCCAUCACCUCAAGGACAUCAGGCUCCAAGAAAAGGGCAGUGGAAGCCAGAGGCAGAAUCACCUUACACCCUACAACAGCUCCUACGCCAGCCAAGAAGACAUCCCCAAGUACAAGAUUCCCGAGAAUGGCACUCCAGGAGACACCGUCUACGCCAUGCUCAGGGACGAGCUGGACCUAGACGGCAGGCCAAAUCUCAACAUGGCCAGCUUCGUCAACACUUAUAUUGAGAAAGACGCCCAGAAGCUCUUUGUCGAGAACCUAGGCAAGAACCUCUCCGACAAUGACGAAUAUCCCGCCAUGAUCUCCUUCAGCGACCGCUGCGUCAGCAUCCUCGCUCAUCUCUGGGGUGUCCAAAAGGGCGAAAAAGCCAUUGGCACCGCCACCGUCGGCUCCUCGGAAGCCGUUCACCUCGGCGGCUUAGCCAUGAAGCGUCGAUGGCAGGAGAAGCGCCGGGCCGAGGGCAAAGACGCCUACAAGCCCAACAUCAUCAUGGGCGCCAACGCGCAAGUCGCUCUGGAAAAGUUCGCCCGCUACUUCGACGUCGAGGCCCGUAUCCUGCCCGUCUCGGCCAAGAGUAACUACUGCCUGGACCCAGCUUUGGUAAAGGAGAACCUAGACGAGAACACCAUCGGCGUCUUUGUCAUCCUCGGCAGCACUUACACAGGCCACUACGAGCCCGUCGAAGAAAUCCACAAGAUCCUCGAUGACUUUGAAUCGCAAACGGGCAUCGACAUCCCCAUCCACGUCGAUGCCGCCAGCGGGGGGUUCGUCGCCCCCUUUACCUACGCCAAGACAGGCGGACAGAAAUGGAACUUUGAGCUUCCCCGCGUCAAGUCCAUCAACGUCUCGGGUCACAAGUACGGCCUGGUCACGCCCGGUGUAGGGUGGAUCGUGUGGAGGGACGAGUCCUUUUUGCCCAAGCAUUUGAUUUUCGAGCUGCACUACUUGGGGGGAACCGAGUACAGCUACACGCUCAACUUCUCGCGCCCCGGUGCGCAGGUCAUUGUGCAGUAUUACAAUCUCAUCCACCUCGGGUUUCAGGGGUAUCGCGCCGUGGUGGAGAACUGUCUCUCCAAUGCGCGCUUGUUGUCCAAAGCGCUGGAGGCGACAGGGUGGUAUACCUGCGUUAGCGAUAUUCAUCGGCCGCCGCAGAAGCAAGCAGGUUCUACCCAUGCCUCUUCUUCUUCUUCGUUGUCGUCAAAAGACACCCCCGCGGACGAAAACCGCGAAGAAGAAACCUCCGCCGACUACACCCCCGGCCUCCCCGUCGUCUCGUUCCGCUUCACCGACGAGUUCCAGCAGGAGUACCCGCACGUAAAGCAAGAAACCGUGUCCCUUUUGAUGCGCGCCCGGCAGUGGAUCAUUCCCAACUACGCUCUGCCGCCCAACGAGGACCAGACGGAGAUUUUGAGGGUGGUGAUUCGCGAGUCGUUUUCGUUUGAUCUGAUCGAUAGACUUGUUACGGACUUGGUGAGGGUUACGGAGACGCUGAUGGAGAACGAUGAGGUUGAUUUGAGCUUGUUGCAGCAGCAUCAGGGGGGACGGAGGAGGCCAGUUACGAAGGACGAUAAGAGAACACAGAAGGAGGAGAGGGAGAGGGAGGAGAGAAAGGGGGAGGAAAGGGGGGAGGAGAAGGGGAAGAGGAUGGGAGAGGGAAUUCAUAGAAGUGUUUGUUAA